GCCAGUGAUUGCUUUUGCUUCUUCUCACUUUAUUCUUUCUCUCUCUCUCUUUCUCUCUCUUUGGCCCUUCAAAGAUGCACCUCAAUCUUUCCUUUUGGCAAAGACCAGCAUCCUCAAUUCUUCACAAUUCUUUUACUACAUAGUUGCUCCCAAAAAAACCUUUGCUUUUUUCUCUCUUCUUCUGAACCCAUUUAUUUUUUCCCGGAAUUUCGAUUGUUAAGGUUGUUGCACAUCGCGUUUCAUUGUCCCUCAACGCCUUUCGGCGGAAAUUUCAUCUGGGGUUUUUUCGUGGAUCGGACCAGAUCCUGUUUCUCUCUGAUCCAGCUAUAUUGUUAAGAUUUGUCAUAAUAAGAAGCACCAUGGAUGUUGAUAAAGAAUUUUUUGCUGAAUCCUCUGGCUGCUAUCAAUUAGUGUUUUUUGUUGAUAAAUUUAGCAAAGAUGAUACUAUCUUAUGAUGGCUAAGAGAGUUGACGCUGAAGAGAGGUCAUUGUUUCAUUGGAUGUUGUCCCUGUCUGAGAUUCAGUUAGCACAUGCUUGGCUAACUUGCUGAUUGAGGUUGCUGCUUUGUAUGUUUUGAAGAGUUUCAAUAAGGAGUUCGUUUUGUUGAGCCAAUUUUAAGUUAUGAUCAAGCAGAUACUAAAUAGGCUCCCUCGGAAGCCCUCCAAGUCGGGGGAAAGCCGAGAAGGAGGGGUGUUAUCAACGCCCUCUUCGACUCCUUCGACCAGUGCAAGGACCACCGAUGUAGCUGGCAACCGUUAUGGAAAUUCAACUGCUUCAACUCUUUCAGGCGUUGUUGAUUCUAAUUUGGUUCCUGGAGUAAAUCAUGGUGACAAGAUUGCCCAAGCUUUGAACUCAAAACUAAAUCUGAAUGGAAGUUUUCCAGUUUCUGCCUAUGAAGCCUUGCCAAGUUUUCGUGAUGUUCCAAAUUCAGAGAAGCAGAAUUUGUUUAUAAGGAAGCUGCAAAUGUGCUGUAUUUUAUUUGACAUGACUGACCCUACGAAGAACCUCAAAGAGAAGGAAAUUAAGCGACAAACAUUGGUAGAACUUGUGGAUUAUGUGUCAUCUGCUAAUGGGAAGUUUACAGAUGUUACAAUGCAAGAAAUUGUGAAAAUGGUGUCUAUAAAUUUGUUCCGGACAUUUAUUUCUCCUCCUCGUGAGAACAAAGCUCUUGAAGCAUUUGAUGUAGAUGAAGAAGAACCUUCCAUGGACCCUGCAUGGCCUUUCUUGCAAAUUGUGUAUGAACUGCUUCUAAGGUUUGUCACAUCACCUGAGACUGAUGCAAAGUUGGCAAAAAGGUAUAUUGAUCACUCAUUUGUCCUGAGACUGUUAGACCUUUUUGAUUCAGAGGAUUCCAGGGAACGGGAAUACUUGAAGACAGUUCUUCAUCGUAUUUAUGGGAAAUUUAUGGUGCACAGACCAUUCAUCAGAAAAGCAAUCAACAAUAUAUUCUACCGCUUCAUUUUUGAAACUGAGAAACACAAUGGGAUUGCAGAACUCUUAGAAAUCUUGGGAAGUAUAAUCAACGGAUUUGCUUUGCCACUGAAAGAAGAGCACAAGCUGUUUCUUGUGCGAGCACUUAUUCCUCUUCAUAAACCAAAAUGCAUACCAAUGUACCACCAGCAAUUAUCUUACUGCAUUACACAGUUUGUGGAAAAAGAUUGCAAGCUUGCUGAUACUGUUAUACGGGGAUUAUUAAAAUACUGGCCCAUUACUAAUAGUUCUAAGGAGGUUAUGUUCAUAGGGGAGCUAGAGGAGGUCUUAGAAGCAACUCAACCUGCAGAAUUUCAACGAUGCAUGGUACCCUUGUUCCGGCAAAUAAGUCAUUGCUUAAGCAGUUCACAUUUCCAGGUAGCAGAGAGGGCUUUGUUCUUAUGGAAUAAUGAUCACAUCGGGACUUUAAUCAAGCAGAACCACAAAAUUAUACUUCCCAUUGUCUUACCUGCUCUGGAACAAAAUGCUAGAAACCACUGGAACCAGGCCGUCCAAAGCUUGACGAUAAAUGUGCGCAAGAUAUUCGCCGACACCGACCCGGAAUUCUAUGAAGAGUGCAUGAUGAAAGUUCGGGAAAGUGAAGCGCAAGAGAAGGAUAUGAAGUCCAAGCGUGAGGCCCGAUGGAAGCGUUUAGAAGAAAUGGGAGGCAUGAAAGCAACAACCAAUGAAGCUGUUCUGGUUUCUCCCAGAACUGCCUCUCAUGCCCCUUCUAGCAAAGCUAGUAGAACUCAGUUGGAGUGAUCCUUGUGUUUUGGUAUUGGCAUUGCAGAGUCCAAAAGCAUAACUUAUGCUGCAUUGCACUAUGUUGCAUAAGAAUACAAGGGGUGAUGAUGAUGUGUUGGUUUUUGUUGGUUCCAUUGACCUCAUUGAUAAAAUUUCAUGGCCAAAAAACGUGGGGUACAAAACAGCUCCAACUUAACAGCAUGGAAUGAAUGUAUAUAUUGGAUUGCAUGGACAAGAAUGGUUGCCUCAAGCCACAGUUUAUUUGAGAAUUUGUUUUCUAAAGCUGGCCUUCGCUGUUUGAUGUUUCCAAUGGCUUGAAUUCAACGUUUAAUCUGCUUUCAUACUUAAACUUUGAUGGAAGCAUCCUGCAUUUUUUGUUGCCAAUGUUUAGUGUUAAUCAUGGUUCUUUUUGUGUAGGUGAGUUGGUUGUUUAAGGAAAUUGGGCCAUUAGAGCUUAUCUUAUGUGAAUUGCUGUGGACGCUCAAUUUUAUUAAAUGAUGAAAGUAAAUUAUUUAGUGAAUGUGUUAUUACU